AUGUCACUCCAAACCCCCCGCAUCCUCCCCUCCCACCUCCACGCCUUCCAUCCUUCCGGCGGUAGCUCGCACACCGUUCGCAUACUCGGCACCGUGACCGCGCUCCACGGGAGUACCGGCACACUCACCUGCGGCACCAAUGGCGACGUCACAAUGAUCCUGAAGUCCGAUGCGCGCUUGCAAGUCGGAAAGCUGGUUGAGGUUGUAGGGAAGGUGGCUGAUCUAGAGGGUGGACAGGGAUACGGACUCCGUGUACUGGGCUCGACGGAGUGGGGUGACCCAGCUGAUUGCGAUUAUAAGAUCUACGAGAAUGUCGUCAAUGCUACGCAUAAAUUCAAGACUAUCUUCUACGAGUAA